AUUAUUCUUCUCCUUCAUCUGGAGAUGGUGAAAUACAGAAGUUCUUCGCGCUCGACAAUCUCAUCUUUUUCGGCUAGAUUUUUCUCGAAGAAGGCGAUCUCAUUCUACUUGAUCUUCGUAUUUGCUUUCUCCAUCUGGGUUCUCGUCUUCAGCUCCAGAAACAUACAGACAGACGAUCAAACUCAAAUACAAAAUCGGGGUCGGAUCAUUUCGAGCGAAUCUCUGUCGCCACCUCCGCCUUCACCGAAACCAGAUGAACAAAUCCAACUUUGGACUCCUCCUUUCAGCUUUGGUUUGCAUCCAUGUAUCAAGCCCACUCCUGGAUAUAGAGAUUUUGUAGAAUCGGAUCAUUACAUAACAGUGAGAAGUAAUGGGGGACUAAACCAAAUGCGCACUGGUAUAGCAGAUAUGGUGGCUGUUGCACGCGUCAUGAAUGCAACUUUAGUCAUUCCUCAGCUGGACAAGCGCUCAUUCUGGCAAGAUUCAAGUACAUUUUCAGAUAUAUUCGAUGAGCUGCAUUUCAUCAAAACCCUAGAAAGAGAUGUGAAGAUUAUCAAGCAGCUGCCGAAGGAGGUGGAAUCCCUGCCUCGAGCAAGGAAGCAUUUCACUUCCUGGUCUGGGGUCGGUUAUUAUGAAGAAAUGACACACUUGUGGAAGGAGUACAAGGUCAUCCUUGUUGCGAAAUCAGAUUCCCGCCUUGCAAAUAGUGACCUGCCUCUUAACACCCAGAGACUGAGAUGCCGUGCUCUGUAUAGCGCUCUUCGCUUUUCUCCUGCAAUUGAGAGCCUUGGACAGAAGCUGGUUGAGCGGCUCAAGUCACGGGCUGGGAGAUAUAUCGCACUUCAUCUGAGAUACGAGAAAGACAUGCUGGCUUUCACCGGUUGCACUUACGGUCUUACUGAUGCUGAAUCAGAAGAACUGAGAGUAAUGCGGGAAUCUACAAGCCAUUGGAAGAUCAAAGUUAUCAACUCGACACAACAGAGGAUGGAAGGGUUUUGUCCGUUGACUCCCAAAGAGGUGGGAAUCUUUCUGAAAGCUCUCGGGUACCCUCCAUCAACACUUAUAUAUAUCGCUGCCGGGGAAAUCUAUGGGGGAGAUGACAGACUCUCGGAACUAAGAUCUUACUUCCCAAAUCUAGUUUUCAAGGAAAUGCUUGCUACGGAGAAAGAGUUGAAAGGAUACACCGGGCAUGCAACAAAAACUGCAGCUCUUGAUUACAUAAUAUCAGUUGAGAGCGAUGUGUUUGUUCCGUCCCAUUCCGGGAACAUGGCAAGAGCUGUGGAGGGACACCGCAGAUUUCUAGGCCAUCGCAGAACCAUCACCCCAGAUAGGAAAGGACUAGUGAAACUCUUUGAGAAGCUGGAGAGUGGACAGCUUAGUGAAGGUCCCAAGUUGUCCAAACGUGUAAAGCAGAUGCACCAAGACAGGCAAGGUGCUCCGAGAAAAAGGAAAGGGCCAUCACCUGGAGUGAGAGGGCGAGCUCGUUUUAGGACUGAAGAAUCUUUCUAUGAGAACCCAUUCCCUGAAUGCAUCUGCAGCUCCAUUGAGCAUGAAAACCCAUAACACAACAUGCUUUUCUUUCACCAUAUGAUCUGUAUCAUAGUUCAAUCUUUACCAGUCGGUCUAACAUCUGUUAUUAUAUGCUUUUGUCUUCUUUUGUAGUUUUCUUACUACGUCGAUCAAUGUCAUUCCUCCCUCUGAAUUGGACUUUGGUCAUGUCGAAGUGAGAAGUCUCCUAAUCAACAAGAA